CAUUAUUAUCAUCACUAUCACCAUUAUCAUCAUCAAGAUCACCAUUAUCAUCAUCAUCAACACUAUCAUCAUCACGAUCAACAUUAUCAUCAUCACGAUAAUCAUUAUCAUCAUCAUUAUCACCAUCACGAUAACCAUUAUCAUCAUCAUUAUAACCAUUAUCAUCAUCACGAUCACCACUAUCAUCAUCACGAUCACCACUAUCAUCAUCACGAUAACCAUUAUCAUCAUCACGAUCACCAUUAUCAUCAUUACGAUCACCAUUAUCAUCAUUACGAUCACCAUUAUCAUCAUCACUAUCACAAUUAUCAUUAUCAUCACGAUCACCACUAUCAUCAUCAUUGUCACCAUUAUCAUCACCACGCUAACCAUGAUCAUCAUCAUUAUCACCAUCACGAUCACCACUAUCAUCAUCAUUAUCACCAUUGUCAUCAUCACGAUAACCAUUAUCAUCAUCAUUAUCACAAUCAUCAUCAUCACGAUGCCACUAUCAUCAUCAUUAUCACCAUUAUCAUCAUCAUCACGAUCACCAUUAUCAACAUUAUCACCAUAAUCAUCACGAUCACCAUUAUCAUCAUCAUGACCAUAAUAAUCAUCAUUAUCACCAUUAUCAUCAUCACGAUCAUCAUUAUCAUCAUCACGAUCACCAUUAUCAUCAUCACGAUCACCAUUAUCAUCAUCACGAUCACCACCAUCAUCAUCACGAUAACCACUAUCAUCAUCACGAUAACCAUUAUCAUCAUUAUUAUUAUCUUCAUCAUCAUCACGAUCAUCAUCGUUAUCAUCGCGAUCAUCAUGAUCAUCCUUCGGCCUUGACGAGCGCUCGUGCAAGUGUCUGGCCGGCCGGUUCCAUCGGGCUCUUGAAUUUCGCUGCAAAAACAAGGUAUUUCACAUUCGGUAUCUCUAAAUUUUAGCAGGGGUUAUUUUUAAACGUGCAGGGACUCGAUUCGGCGCAAAAACAGGGCGGGGAAGGGCUUUAUUUUCGUUUUUCGAGUGAAUCCUUGUUCGGCCGGCCACCGGGCACAAAAUGGCCAGGGCUCAUACCCUUUGAGCCUGAGCUUGGCCAUGCCGAGCUCGCGCAAGGGCAAGACCGCGUCGCCGCCCCGCUCCCCCCCGCGGCCCUCGGCCGCCAGGGAGUCGCCCCGCUCGCGGGGCUCUGAUUUUUCAGAGGACGGCGACGCGGUUCUCGCGCGUUUCAGUGAGCUGGUCGACCAGCUCCCAGCCACCGAGAACGAGGCCCGGCUACCGGCGGGUGGUGACGAGGAGGAGGAGGCCCUCUCAUCCGUGUCGGAGGGCACGGCCGUGGCGGCGGCGGUUCCCGGCGACCCUGGUUCUACGGCGCGAGGUCGGCUGCGCGCGAUCAUCGACGAGGCCGUCGCAUUCUGCAACCUCCCGGCCAACCGCGUGCCCGUGGAGGCGCGUACCUUUUUCCUGACGCGGCUCUUUGAGAUGGUCGGCAUCUGCGCCGAAUUUAAAACGGAGCUGCGAGCGGAGACGGCCACGGAGCGCGGCGCGGCCCUCGCGUUGCGGGGCCAGCUGAACGAGGCGCGUCGCGAGGCCGCUGAACUGCAGAGGCGCCUGGCCGUCAUGGAGGCUGGCCUGGGCGUUCCGACGGUCGUGGCGGCUGGCCAGGGGCCCGCGGCUCGUGGCCCUACCAUCCCUGCGUGCGCGGGAGGCCCGGCGGGCGCACCCGCGGACCGCAUGAAUUACGCGGCCGCGCUGAAGGCAGGCCUUGCGUCCGCUACCGGCGCGGUUGGCGGUGGACCCGGUGCUGCUGCGGCGGUGGGCGCCGAGGCGGGGAAGCCCGGUGCCACACACAAACAUGUCGCCUUUCUCACGCCGGUCGGGACGACAGCGACGCCGGCGCGAGACGUCCUCCGGCUGCUCAAAGCCAACGUCGACCCACUCGGAAAAGACAUCACGGACGUGACGAUACACCGAACGAGAUCGCAACGCGCACCUACUGUUCACGGCGAAGUGCUGAAGAAACAACUUGUCCGGUGCUGCUUCUGCGAGUGCGCCGAGUUCCUCCACUCUGCGUGACUGCGAGCGUCACGAACAUUACAUUGUGUGGGCAAAAGGUAGACAUCCUAUAUAGCUACGAAGCGACGAGGUGGUACCGACGAUGGAUCUCGCUACCAACACAGUGAAGGAGACUUCGACAAACUGCAGAUAAGUAUAUUUCUACUGUUUCAUAUUUAGCAUAAUAAGAGUGCACGGAUUAAGUCACUUUCGUAGUAACGAACUGAAUGUCCAGCAGUUUAAAGAAGGCAGUGAGAACCAAUGAGUGUUCGUGCUUUUACGUGCAAGUGGGCCCGCGAAAAUAUGGAAUAGAUGAAGGUAACCUCCACUAACUUGGUAAGGCAACAGAAAUUCAUGAGUGAC